AUGAAUAUCACUGAUCUGCUUUUACCUCAAACCAUCCACACUGCUGAUUCUGAAAGAAAGGAAGAAAUCAUCAAACCAGUGCCAAUUGACAUGAAGGGUGCUCCGAUACAUGACGAUGAGUUGAUGCGCUUAUGGGAAUCAGCUCUAGAGAAAUCUGGAUUCGCAAUGAAGACUUCCAAUGAACGCAAUACAUUGACCGAUGCCAUCUUGUCGCCCAUCACCUACUCUAGCUUUGUCAAUGAGAUUCCAGUCCACAUCAAGGUCAUUGGCAGACAUAUGAACGGCUCCUUCCGAUGUCAUAUUGGCACUAGCAAAGCAUCUCGUCCCAUCCAAUCCAUUGAAUUAUGUCGUCAAAUGAGGCUCUUAGCCGUCUUUUUCCGCACUGAAAAUGUGAAAUCGCAGCUGGUGUCUCCUGAGUUUAUCUUCUUUCCAACGUGGCUGCUGCAUUUGUUUCGCUACACGCAACAUGACUCCACUCCUGGCAGAACAGAUGUGCGCUUCCUGGAGAAUGCAAACAUGGCCAAAGAAGACCACAUUUACCGCUUGAAUCAUGUGCUGAACACUUUAUUUCGGUUCGAUAUUCGCAGCUUCGACCCUCACAAGAUGCGAUCAGCUAUUGAGUUGGCUAAUUUCCUGUUUGAUCAGGCUGGUUUGGAUUAUCGUAACUUACCUCGCCCUCUGUUUGCCAAUGAGACUCCUCCUCCUUCUUACCAUCAACUCUUGGAACAGCCAGCCAUGUAUCCAGCUUUGCUCUUGCUGCUUCAUUCUCCCAGGCCAACCAAGUUCAAACCCAUGUGCCAUAACUGCAAUACCAAGCCUGCUUCAAGACGUCGCCUGUGUGUUGCUUGUUACCGCUAUCAGCUCAAGCACAACGAGCCCAGACCUCUACGCUUAAUUGUUGCCAACAGACCAGGUCCUCGUGUGCAUCAGCACCACCAAGAUGAUCCUCCCCCUCUUGUUGCUCCCACUGGUAAAUCAUUGCCCAUGGUCUUUUACUCGCCCAAGGUCUCUGCUGCUGCAUCUCGCACUCAAAAGUUUUGUGCCAACUGCCAUGUAAAAGAAACGCAUCAAUGGUAUCGCAAUUUGUGUGGUCAUGGCAACUGGUGUGAAACUUGCAAGAGCUACUAUCUUCGUCAUACAAAGGUCAGGCCACCCGAGCUGUUUGUCAAGGCUGCCAAACGCAAGGUAGAUGUCCGUACCUUGGUCAAUUGGAAGACGUGGUGCUGGGAUGAUAUAUCUGCUGAGACGCUUGAAAUGGCCACUGCUGCUGUCUUGUCCAACAAUAACAACUACAGCUACUAUACCGGCAACAUGGGAAGUCCAACCACCAGUACAGCCUCAUCCACCUAUUCUUACCCUACUACUCCACCCCCUGCAUCAUCCGCAGUUCCCGCCAAUUACUACUACUAUCAGCAGCAGCCAUCUCAAGCACAAAGAAGACAAUCAUUCUACUCUUCCAGCCCCUCAUCGCCAACCACAUCUACAUGGUAA